GUCUGCGUCAUAGUUACAGAAUGCAUACCUCGGUAGAGAGUUUUGGUUACAAUAAAAAUUGUACAGGAUUUUCGUACCACACAAUGAGACGUGCAGUGUCAUCAAGUAAUCCAGUUUGUACGGCGGCCAUAAUGGACGCCUUCCCCACGUGUUCUGUCUGUCAACAGCAGUUUACCCUGAGAGGCCCCGCCCCCUAUCUACUGCCAUGUGAACACACUGUGUGUAAGACGUGUGUGACAUCUGCAGCUCGUGGUGUCAGAUUAUGCACUACAUGUCAGAGGAAGUUCAGCCUCGCAGACGGAAGUGUUCCCGAGGAUAAAGCUACCAGAAUACAUCUUGUUGAAACCUUCACGGAUACAAUACCGGGAAGUCCUAAUCUACAACUGGACGCUGCUCGAGCGAACAGAGACGUGUGCCACGUAACUACAGGCGGUGAGCUCAUCAACUCGAAGCCCACCACACAAGGCAGCUUCACCGGCAGGUUACAGAUAUAUCGGGGUACAUGUGCCUCCAGGCCCAUCCUCCUUCCUCCAUCCCCCCUCUACUGUUCCCCUUGGACCCCAGACACACCAAUACUGGGAGACGGUCUCCCGGGUGCUUGUGUUGCGCGAAGGGUGCUUGGGGUGGCCUAUCCUUUCAAUGGGUGUAGGGGAGGAGAGCCAGGUGGACAGUGGGGCGUAUGUUUAUCUGCAGCGCCGCUCCUGGUGUGUCAGUGUAGGGAGUUGCCCCACACACCGGGGGAGUCUCUGUACCAUUAUGUAUCACCAGGGGGAGCAUGGGGAGUGUUAUAACAAAAAAAUGUCUAACACACCCGGCACACGGGCAACCUUCCACUAUGGUGUUGUGCUGGACUUGGCGAUGGGAAGACUCGCCUUCAUUGACCUCAACAGAGAGGUUGUUUUAGCCAAAUUGGAUGUUAAGUGGCGCGCGAGUCUCUUCUUCCCAUGUUUAGUGUUGGGUCGCCAGAUUUCUACACAGUCAACAUGAGGGUGAUAAGUGGGGCAGAUAUCACCAUGACUGACGCCAAGAAGUCACUUAUUUAUGACGCCUUGAAUUAGACAAUAAAAUAAACAUGACAUUGUGUAAACUUGUAAGUGUGACAUAAUCAUUUCAACUGUCAAAUGUAAUUGUAGUGAUUGUGGUGGAAAUAUAAGUUCUCUGUCUA